AGGGCGACGUUUAAGGGGAUCAGGACUGGGGUCGAGAGAGGGCAUGGUGAGAGGAGCAGGGUUGGGCGAGUGGGCUGGACCAAGAGAGAUAGAGAGAGGCUCAAGAGAAGAAGAAAAAAGUGUCAGAGCAGACAGAGAGUCGGCAGUACGAGACACUGAUGGAACUGAAGUUGUGAAUGAUGAUGAUGAUGAUGCCCCAGUAGCUGAGUUCUUUACUCUUCCUAAAGAUGCCCCUGAGCGUGCCCAGUCAUGUGCGCCAGCGACGCCACACGCUUCCCGCCAGUGAGUUCCGCAACCUCACGCCACAGGACGCCAUCAGCGUGUUCGAGAUCGAGAGAGAGGCUUUCAUCUCAGUGUCCGGCGAGUGUCCGCUCACACUGGACGAGGUGCUGAACUUCUUACAUCAGUGUCCCGAGCUGUCCAUGGGCUGGUUUGAGGAGGGACAGUUGGUGGGCUUCAUCAUCGGGUCUGGCUGGGACAAGGAGAAACUAACACAGGAGGCUCUAACACGUCACGUCCCCAACACUCCUACUGUCCACAUCCACGUGCUGUCUGUGCACCGGCACUGCCGCCAGCAGGGGAAAGGCUCCAUCCUGCUGUGGCGCUACCUGCAGUACCUGCGCUGCCUUCCGGGUCUGCGCCGAGCCCUGCUCGUGUGCGAGAAGUUUCUCGUGCCUUUCUACAAGAAGGCUGGCUUUAAGGAGAAAGGGCCUUCAGCCAUCACAGUAGGAGCUCUGCGCUUCAGAGAGAUGGAACACACACUCGCAGGCCUGGCCUACGCGCGGCGCAAGAGUGACUGCUGAAACCGCUGGCAGGGGUGUGUUUGUACAAUACAGGACACUGACGCUCAGAUUGUGGGCGUUAUUCUGAAGACUCAGGAAAGAAUUAAAGGCCUUUGUGUCAUCCUGAUGAGUGGAAUCCAAAGCGAGGACUGAAAUAAUCGAUGGUCGUUCUGCACAUCGUAAUAUAAAUGGCACAAAAGGUGGCAAUGAAAUGACAGAAUGUGUUAAUGUGUACAGUUUUUUUUAGUUUAAAUGAUUCUGUAAGCAUUGCAUUGUACAGAUUUAACUACA